AUGGAACCCUCAUUUUCUAAACACUUCGCCACAUCUUCUUUCAUAGUACUAGUCUUCACUACUUGUACCAUAUUCUACUCAGUCUCAGCAGCUAGAGAUCUUGCCCCGAAAACCAAUACCGAAUUCAUCAGAAUAUCUUGCGGUGCGACAACCUAUCCAAAUCUCUGCUUCACCACUCUGUCAAGCCAAGCAAGUUCCAUCCAAACAAGUCCCAAACUCAUUUUUCUAAAAAUUCGGGUUAUUACACUUUCGUCUGCUAAAUCAACAUCUGCCAUGAUGUUAAGGCUCUCCCACGGCCGUGGCAUGAAGCCUAGAGAAGUUGGUACCAUGAGGGAAUGCGUUGAGGAGUUGAGUGACACGGUGGACCAGCUUCAGAGGUCUAUGUCCGAGAUGGUAAACUUUAAGAGCUCGGAUUAUGAGAUGUUGAUAAGUGAUGUGCAAACUUGGGUUAGCGCAGCCUUAACGGAUGAGAGCACCUGCACAGAUGGGUUUGCCGGAAAUGGUUUGAAUGGGAAUUUGAAGACUGUUGUGAGGGGGAAGAUUGUGAACAAUUGA